AGAACGGCGGAGCCUGGCUUGUAGUUACGACUGCAACGGUCAUCUCUUGGUCUUCCACUGCUAUCGCUCACUCUGCUUGCUUCCUCUGCGCAUCCAUGGGCGACUCCAAGAAAUCUUCAUCUUUUGGCACCGAGCGACGCAUAUGGGAGCGGAUCCUGGAAAGCCUAGUUACGGCGAUGCGAUCCCAGCAGUCGCAGAUCAAAACCCUAGUCCACGAUCGGGAGUACCUCGAGCGGUACAUCGAAAUCAUGCACGACCGUUGGGCAUCCAAGGAUGAACUCCUCCGCUCUCGUAUCGCUAAGUUGAAUGAGAGGGAAGAAAAAGGCCGUAAGGUGCAAGCGGCUGUGUUGGAUCUCGCUGUUGGGAUUAAGCAGAGAGAGGCUCUUCGCUUCAAGAAAUACUAUGAACAAGCCGAGAAUGAUUUGGAGGAUUUAUAUGCAUAUGCAGAGAAUUUAACAAUGGAACUUUCAACGCUUAAGGAAAAACUGAAAAAUAAUGAUGCUGAAAGAGCAACGAGUGAGGCUGAUCAUUUGAUAGCAGCAGAUGACUCGGAGAGAGGUAAAAGCUCUUCAGCAGAUCUAAGAGGAGAGCUGCAAAAGCUGAAGCACUCUUACAAAAGUCUUAGCUCAAGAAAGGAGGCUGAGGUCUCUGCUUUGAUGGCAGAAAAAGAUUUUGUAUGGAACCAGUUAAACAAAAUGGAAAGUGAUUAUACUAGUCUCCUCAAGGCCAAGCGAAUAGAAGUUGAACAAGCUAAUGAGACAACACAGAAGCUCCAAUCCUGUCUAGAAAAUUUGAAAUCAUUAAUCAGUGAGAGAGAUGGAGCCAUUGCUAAAUUGGAAGCUGAAAGGGCUAUGCUUGGGUCAGAUUUAAGAAGGCACACUCAGGAAGCUGAAAGAACCAGCAAAGAAGUGGAGAAAAUUCAAUUUUCUGUAAAAAAGAUGGAGUCAUUGGUAAAAAAAAAGGAUAAGAUAAUUGAAGCUUUAAAGAGUAAUCUAGCUAAAGUUGAGCAGAAUUUUAGCAGAGAUAGUAGCAGUAACUCAAGAGUUUUUGCAGACCAAAAAUCGCAAAGAAGAUCAAAUGAUUCUUUAGUCGCACCAGAAGUUAGUCAACCAAGAAGGGGUUCCCGGAAACGUAGUUCAGAAAGUCCAAAAGUAAGCAGAAGUAAAAAGCAGAAAACUGGUUCUCAAGACCCUCCUAAUGUAUCACAUGCUUCUUCUUCAACAAAUGCACUUCAGCUACGUUCUAAAGAAAGACAGACAAGGACCAUGUCACCAGCAGGGAGUCCAAGAUUGUUUUCUUCAAAUUUCAAGAAAUCAAGUGCUUUUGUACUGGAAUUUUGACUUCGCAAGUGCAGAUAUUGAUUACGCUACGUUCUAAGGAAAGACAAGGACCAUGUCACCGACAGGGAGUCCAAGAUUGUUUUCUUCAUAUUUCAAGGUUCCCAAAAUGAAGGGUUCUUCCCUAAGAAGUUCGUUGGUGGAAAUUUCUAAUUUUAUAAUUCCUUCUGAUUUUAUUUUUGUUCUUUUAAUUUGUUUGAUUAGUGUGCUUAUUGUUAUUUCGUAAUUAGCUCUAUGUAUUUUCCCUGAAUUUUGUAAUCUGCAUGAAACUUUAAGGACUAAUGUUAUCUGAAACAUCUUUUCUGCAAUAUUAUGUGCAUAUGCCUUUCUAAAGCA